AUGGAAGCUAAUCUCUAUCAAUACCGCAGACUUUUAAUUCAUCGUGGUUUGCAGAAUGAGCAUGCUUUGCUUGGUAUGCGAAUAUGGUCAGGUACUUCACCUUUACCAAGAUACCAAUUUGAUACCAAUACGAUAAAUAUGCUUACUUUCUACACAUUCUUGGAAAAUACCAGUGUUCAUUUCAUAAAAGAUC